AUACCCGGGGAGUGCACCCCGGCGCAGCAGUGCUCAGUGACCACCGUACUCGACCAGAGGGUCACCGUGCAGACCAGCGACACGGUCACGGUGCGGUUCGAGGUGUCGGCUAGAGGCGGCGCCCCUCCGGCGGCCGCCUCACUGGCGCUGCGCCGCGCCGACCCCGGAACUACAGAUUGCCCGAUCGACCACGGCGCGUCGCCACCGGCGCUGCUGGUCUCGGCCAAUCAGAGGCGGCGACUGGACAGUGACCUGUUGCGUCCCGGAGUCAACACGUUCUUAGGUCGGAUCAGCCUGGCCUCAGAGGAGUGCUUUCGAUUGGUGGUGACGGUUCGAGCUGCCGACUGCGGAGACCAGCAGCUCUGCGGAGGCAGGGGCUACUGCGUGGCUCGACCUGACCAGGAAACAUUUACAUGCUCCUGCUGUUCCGAAUGGUCCGGUCCCUACUGUAGGGUCAGUGACCCCUGCUCAAGGCGACCUUGCGCGGAAGGAGCUACGUGCGUCUCAGACGGCAGCGACUACAAGUGCUUCUGCGCUGAAGGCACCACGGGCUCCAACUGCUCACGUCCGUCGGACUCGUGCGGCACGUGCCUGAACGGCGGUACGUGCGCGCCGGACGGUGGUGUCACGUGUCUCUGUCCGCGCGGAUACUCGGGAGACGGCUGCGAGGAGACGGCCGCGGCGGGGGAGACGACCCCGUGCGACCCGUCGCCCUGUCUCCGAGGGGAGUGUCAAGUGGAGGGAGACGCUGCCGUCUGCGUCUGCCCGUCAGGUUACCGGGGCCAGUUUUGUGAGACGCACGACGUGUGCAGUUCGGCGCCGUGUCGGUACGGCGGCACGUGCCACCCGCUGGGUGACGGCACCGGCUUCAACUGCAGCUGCGCCACCGGCUUCCGCGGCUCCGUCUGCCAGUUCAGGGUGCUCCCCCUCUGCACAGUGCACCCGUGCUCCAACGGCGGCACGUGCUGGGACGAGGGCGCCACGUACUACUGCACGUGCCAGCACGGCUUCUCAGGAAAACACUGUGAAGUGCCUCCGGGUUUGAUCGGCCACUUUGACAUCCACCACAUGCGUUCCGGUGUGCCGAUCAUGGCGUCGCUCUCCAUCGGACUCUUCCUCGUCAUAGCUGUGGUCGGCUGCUGCUACUGCCGCUCGGUGGGCGGCCGACAGUCACUGAGUCGCCUCUGCCGACCCGUGAGCAAGUGCCGCUCGGCAGCCCGCUGCUGUCCCCGCCGAACGUACAAACAGUUCAGUGAAGACCAGCGGAAGAACCUGCUGGAGAUGGGCUACUCCCACUCCCACCAGCCCAUUGUGGAGCCCAUCUUCGCCGACGUCGACUGCUCAGAGGCUGCCGAAAUGCCGUUGAUAACGUGAUCUCGCUGCGCGUGUCAUCUAUGACAGAACUACCAGUUACGUGCUCUGUCGCCAGAGUGCAGCAGCGUCGCCGUGUUUGCCAGCGCCGGUUCGAGUGUGUCGCUGUUCAUGUUUAUGCCGUUUUCGCUCCAGUGGGCUGGCUAUCGACCCCAGCGGCUCAUCAGACCUGCCGUUCGCGUGCUAGCCUGGGGCGUUCGAUGUCCAGAAAUGCUGUAUUAGUUGACAAGUGCCUCAGAAUGCUAUACGGCGCCGGCGGAAAGCGAUAAGGCGGCGACGAAUGCCUCAGUGGUAGCUGCUAAACGAGCUGCUUAGAGCGGCGGCGGGUGCCGGAUGAAAGGGCAUUGACAGACCGAAUGCCUUUCUGGUGCGCCCGGCCGUGGCUGAUGGAGCGUUCGCUGCUCGGACGAGAAAUGUGAUCGGAGCGGCCACCGAUGAAGCGAGUGAGAUCCGAAGGCGCCUGCUAUCCGUUCAGUAUUAACCUGCACACAAGAGGGAACUUGUUAGAUGGGUGCGGCGCGCUUUUUGAGACGUUCCUAUGUGUGUUCAGGUUCAAAGAUGUAGUUUUAGAGUUUAUUUUGAGGGUCAAUAUUAGUGCCUUUCACGACAAAACAUUGGACACUAUUUCAAUGAAUUUGAACGCUAAGAAACAGAAUAAUCAGUAUUUUAUUCGAGAGGUGCAAACACUUCUAGUUGACAGCGACUAAAAUUUUCCAGAUACAAAACCCAUCAAACAGAUCAAAUAACUAGGUGCCCAAUGUGCUGUCGUGAAAAGAGCAAAAAUGUAUUAACGUCCCUGACUAAAUUUAUGUCCAAAUGACAAAGGUCUGAGGCCUGAGGGAGAAAAUGAAUUUAGUUAGAGAACGUAGUUAUAAGUUCACGACCUGGUGCUUGUCUUUUAGCUUUUUAGGGACUGUGCUGAUGUAUCAUGUAUAAAUAUGUUGGUUGAAAAUGCUCUCCUGACAAUGCAGCGUGACAUGUCUUGAGUGGCAAAGAACCGUGACCUCAUCUUAACCAAUAAAAACUUCGUGUUCUAA